UACAGGUCUUCCUUCUCCCCUAGUUUAGACCAAAAGCUUUAUACAUUCAUUAUUUGAACGUUUCUUAAGCCAUUGGAAGUGCCAGACUGGAGCUUUCUACAUCUUGUGAUGGGCUUUGAUUCAUUCCAGGGCAAUCAUGAAAGCUCUUGAUCACGGAAGAGUGGAGAGCAAAACCUAUUACGAAGCUCUCUGUGUAGGAGAAGAUGCAACGUAUUCUGAAAUCAGAUCACAAUACAGGAAAGCUCUCAUUUCUCUCCACCCUGACAAAAAGCAUUUCAUUCCAUCUCAGUCCGCCUCUCUUAAUGCUGAUUUAGCCGAGGAACCCAAAAUCUCAACAACUAGAAUGGGCAAGGAGAAUUUUGAAUUCAUUGAAGUGGUUUCAAAUAAUUCUGAUUCUUUUCUCGGUGAGUGUCAAGGACUUCAUAGCUUAUCUGCGGGCUCAGAGAGUGGGGAUAAGGAUAGUGAGAUUUUAGACAGGUUUCUGAGGGUUCAGAAAGCAUGGGAAGUCCUUAAGGAUGUCAAAUGCAGAGAAGCUUAUGACUACGAGCUACAAGCCCUAAGAUAUGGUACAGAAGUUGUUGCAAAUGAGAUAGAAUUGGAUGAAAUGAGCACAGAGGAGGAUGGAGAAAGAGGGGCAGUUGAGUAUUUUUAUCCCUGCAGAUGUGGGGAUUAUUUUGUUGUUGUAGAGGCAGAAUUGGUGGAGAUGGGUUUUAGGGCUAGUAAAUGUGAAGGUGAUGGUAUUCAAGGAAAAGAUCCAGGGGCCGGGAUGGUGGAUACAUCAGAUUACAGGUCUCAGGAUAGCAGAGAACAUAAGUCCAGUGGUAAUGUAGAGCGGAGGUAUGUCUUAUGGUUUGGUGUCUAUUUCUCAACUUCACUCGGGCCUUGUUUGUUGAUAUGAUAGAUUCCAGCAACGAUUUUUGCAUCUUCAAUGUGCAUGAGAAUCUUUGUUCCAAGUGAAUGCUGCAUCAGUGUCAACUUUUCGACAUGAUCAUGCUAAACAUCCCCACAAAGUUCUAUAAUCAUCGCCUAGAUUGUUGUAUGAGUCUCCCCACUAAAUGGGCACCCAUAAGAACAUGGAAUUAUAUGGACCCCACUGUGCUGCUUUGGAUCUAUUGGUUUCUUAGAGUUUUUUUUAGUCUUUUAGGACCAUGUCUGUUAUGUUGGUCACCACUUGAAUGGAAGGGAUUAAACCUGUUGUUGAUUCCUGUAUAAGCUUCCAAUUUGCAGGUGCGAGAAUCCUUUGCUGCAUUCUGAAGGACCACUAUCAACAUUUGUCAUCCUUUAUGUCCAUUUCUCAUUUAAACCCUAGUGAGAUAAGAUCUUUCUUGCUCAAAGUGCUCUUUGGUAAUAAUUUUUUAAUAUCCUAGUGGUUAGAGAGUCGAAAGGUUUUGGUCUUUUGUAAGGUACUAAGGAGUGAUGGUGCGAACUAGCCUGCAAUAUCAUUUGGGUCUGUAAAAUUUAUGUGUGUUUUAAGGAUCUGAUCACUCCUUCAAUGUAGGAGGGAAAUUAUGGUUGAAUUCCUGUAUUAUCAGAUCAGUGGACAGAGAUGGGAAUCUUUUUAUGCAUUUGGAAAGGCCUUCUGGACUAAAAUCCAUGCACAGAUUCAUGAUGCAUUGUAAUGUCCCCUACCAGGUUUAGGCCUGUUCUAACCUAUUUCAAUGUACUUGUGACUUAAACUAAAUUGAUAAGGAGACAAUUCUAUCU